CUUUUCUCCUCCCUUGUCCCUUCGUUUCUCUAUUUCUCUCCUUUUGAUUCAGUGAGAUAGAGACACAGCUUUUGAUCAGUGAGACCCAGAAUGCCUGUGAUUGAUGAAGGACGGGUCCCCAAUGGGAGACCAUCCGACGGCCCAGAGUGCGGUCGGGGUUAUCGAGAUCUGGACUCCGUAAUCUCUUCUUGUUAUCCGAUUACUCUCAAGUUUAUGGACGUAUAUUUCCGGCUGAAGCUGGAGAGGAAGAACAACGGUGGUGGUGCAAUCAGACGGAUGCUGGGGGGUCCCACAGGUUCCGAUCAAGGGACUACAAUGAAAACGAGCAUGAGCGAAGAGCGAACGAUUCUGAAUGGAGUAACAGGAAUGGUGUCCCCCGGAGAAAUCCUGGCCAUUCUUGGUCCCUCUGGAAGUGGCAAAUCAACGCUUCUGAAUGCACUUGCAGGGAGGCUUCAAGGGAACGGCCUCACCGGGACAAUACUCGCGAACGGGAAGAAACUCACUAAACCCGUGUUGAGAAGAACCGGGUUCGUGACUCAGGACGACAUUCUUUACCCCCACCUCACCGUGAAAGAAACUCUCGUCUUCUGCUCGUUGCUCCGGCUUCCCAACUCGCUCUCGAAGAAGGAGAAGGUCAGGGUGGCCGAGUCGGUGAUUGCCGAGUUGGGGUUGAACAAAUGCCAAGACACCAUCAUCGGGAACAGCUUCAUUAGAGGAGUCUCAGGUGGUGAGAGGAAGAGAGUGAGCAUAGCCCACGAGAUGCUGAUAAACCCAAGUCUGCUUCUUCUGGACGAGCCCACCUCUGGGCUCGACUCCACGGCGGCCUACCGGCUUGUGUCGACAUUGGGUUCAUUGGCUCAGAAGGGUAAAACCAUCGUGACGUCGGUGCACCAGCCAUCGAGCCGAGUCUACCAGAUGUUCGACUCCGUGAUCGUUCUGUCGGAGGGGAGCUGCAUCUACUUCGGCAAGGGCUCGGAGGCGAUGAACUACUUUGCAUCAGUUGGUUUCUCGCCGACCUUCCCAAUGAACCCAGCCGACUUCCUCCUCGAUCUUGCCAACGGAGUGUGCCAUCUUGAUGUAUCAAGUGAAGCAGAUAAGCCCAACGUAAAGCAAACUCUUGUCUCCUCGUAUAACAGCUUACUGGCUCCCAAGGUGAAGGCUGCCUGCAUGGAUGGCAGCACCACCAUGACCAAAGACAUAGCACGUUCAGGAAGCUACAGGGCCCAUGAAGAGAUCAAAGUAAGCUUCAGAACUAGUAUCUGCAAUUGGUUCAACCAAUUCAGUAUCCUCCUACAGAGAAGCUUGAAGGAGAGGAGGCAUGAAUCGUUCAACUCCCUCAGAGUCUUCCAAGUGAUGACUUCUGCAGUACUAGCUGGCUCCAUGUGGUGGCACUCUGACAUCCGCAAUGUUCAGGACCGCCUCGGCCUCCUCUUCUUCAUUGCCAUCUUCUGGGGAGUCAUGCCGUCAUUCAAUGCCGUCUUCACCUUCCCUCAAGAGCGUGCCGUUUUCAUCAAAGAACGGGCAUCCGGCAUGUACACCCUUUCCUCCUACUUCAUGGCUCGAAUUGUAGGCGACCUUCCCAUGGAGCUCAUACUCCCUACAGUCUUUUCCACUGUGGCCUAUUGGAUGACUGGGUUAAGGCCUGAUCCAGGCGCCUUCCUGCUGACAAUCCUAGUACUGCUUGGCUAUGUUCUAGUGGCUCAAGGGCUGGGCCUUGCUCUGGGCGCAAUCAUCAUGGAUGCCAAGCAAGCUUCAACAGUGGUAACCAUCACAAUGCUUGCAUUUGUUCUCACUGGAGGAUUCUAUGUGCACAAGAUACCACAUUGCUUGGCUUGGAUCAAAUAUCUCUCAUUUACAUUCUACUGCUACAGGCUCCUCAUUGGCAUACAAUAUGGGGAUGGGAAGUUGAUCUCUUCCCUGUUGGGUUGCUCUAGAAUUGGGAGUGACAGAACCGAUUGUGGGUUUGUGGAGGGAGAUGUUGAGGGACAAAUCCGUCCUGUGGUGAGCAUCGGCAUCAUGUUCUUGAUGUUUGUGGGUUACAGGUUGAUAGCAUAUGCUGCAUUGAGGCGCAUCAAAGCUUGAUAAUGGUGGCACCAAUUAUAUAUGAUGUCUGAGCCUGAUGAGCAUGCAUGUUUUCCACCAAUUAAAUGUUGCCAAAUGUUAACUCCACUUGGCUUUUGCUUCCUUCUCAGUUCAGCCUCUUCUUGUAACUUAGUAGACAACCAACCAUGGAGAUCAUCAAGACUUGGUUGGAUUUGGUAAAGCUAUACAUAUCAUGCUUGUAGUAGAAUUUUAUUGCCUAGAAGGAAAUGUUCUUCUUGGUUAUCUGUUGGCAGCACAACUCUUGUUGCAGCAGAGAUGUAUAAACAAUCUAGGUAAAUAUUAUAUCAUUGUCAAGCAACAACAGAAACAUACCCCUCAAGAGUAUCAUAUAUCUUUGUCAACUACUGCCAAUAUACCAUCUCUGGUGCAAACUGUGGUGUCACAAAGCAUGAUUUAUUAAAGUAAUGCAAAAGGCAAAGCCUUGAUGUUAUGUUCA